CAAACAUAUCCCAAAUGCACCAUGGAAACUGCCAACUCACACGAUUGCGCCGCCGUUAUCGACACCAACGCGUGUUACAACAAGUUCAGAUGGAACGAGCAGAUACUACGAUAUAUCGAUGGAGCAGAUGACACCAAGAAAGCAAAGAUGGCAUGCGAA